GGGGUACCAAAAUUAAUGAAGGAAUGGAAAAGAAUUGAAGAAGGCGAACGAAACCACCUCACUCCACUGCUGAUCAUACUCAUAAUCAUCAUUUCUCCCUGCGGUUUUUGAAUCAUCAGCAACAGAUUCCGUGGUGGCUUUUUGAUGGCAAGCAGUGGUGCCGCUAAUGAACGUGGCGGAGGAGAAGAAGAGGAAGCCAAAGAACUGGCUGCACAGCUUAGCAAAACCCUAAAAGAAGGAGAAAGAAUCCUUGCCCCCACACGAAGACCCGACGGAACCCUACGCAAACCCAUUCGCAUUAGAGCUGGUUACGUUCCUCAAGAUGAAGUCGCCAUUUACAAAUCUAAAGGUGCCCUGUUGAAGAAGGAAAUGGAGUCGCUGGAAACAGUGCCCCCUGGUUAUGAUCCUGAAGUGGAUGUUGUUAGUAAACCUAAGAGCAAAUCGGCCAAGAGGAAUGAAAGAAAGAAGGAAAAGCGUUUGCAGCAGGCUUCCCUCGAUAAGGGCAAAAGUGAAGUUUCAUCUACUGAAGAUGUUGAUCGAGCAUCAGAACCUGUUGAAUCCAUUGUUUUCCAGAUGAACGAGAUCACUAUUUCUGGAAACCCUUCCGUUGCUACCCCUCCUUUGAAUUCAACAGAAUGUUUAGCUACGGAAGAUCAUAUUCCUGACAUUGAUAAAAGAAUCCGGGCCCUAAAAAAGAAGAUCCGGCUGACGGAGGCAAAAACGGGGAACGAAUUGAAACCGGAACAAUUGGAGAAGGUAGGUAAAUUGGAGGAUUGGAGAAAAGAGUUGAAGCUUUUGGAGGACAAAAAGGCUUCUUUCCAUGAUUAAAUUGGUGCUUUGCUUUGGUAGCAUGUUUUAGGAAAAACUAAAACUCAAUCAGCCUAAUCUUAUCUUGUCCAGAUUUAUUUUCAAAAGGCCAAAAUUUGCCUCCAAUUGGGAAUCCAGAAACUGUUUGGACAAA